AAGAAUAAUCAACGUUGUUUGUAGAGAGAGACAGAGAGAGAAAUGGGUAAGGUAGCAACCACCACAGCAGCGCCGACUGAAAUGAAGAAGAAGAAGAAGAAAGGCCGUCCUUCUCUUUCAGAUCUCCAUGAACGUGACAAUAAACUUUCCAUUUCUACCCCUUCCCGUCGAUCCAAUCGCCGGAACCCUAAUCCGAACUCGAAUUCUCCGCCUCCGGACUUCAUCGACGACGAUGACGAAAGAAAAGAGAAGAAAGUCAAAUUAGUUGUGCGUUUGCCUGAAUCAAAUCAACAACAUUUCGAACAAGAUUCGUCUUCUGCCAAUUCACUUUCUGAUUCCGACGGUGAUAAUCACGACGCGUCUGUUAAUGUUAAGAGAAGGAAAAUCGAUUCCGUGGAUCCCAGAUCUGACGACGUUGUUGCUGAUCAGGAGGAAAAGCUUUCGAAAGCGACGGACACAUCAAAUGGGUCGCCAUUGGUGUCCGGCCCCACAACACCUUUGCCAGACAAAAAGUUGUUGGUGUUCAUACUUGACAGACUUCAAAAGAAGGACACUUAUGGUGUAUUCUCCGAGCCUGUUGAUCAUGAUGAGAUACCUGAUUAUCAUGAGAUUAUACAGCAUCCUAUGGAUUUUGGAACCGUGAGGAAGAAACUUGAUGGACGACUCUACUCAAACCUGGAGGAGUUAGAGGCUGAUGUCUUCUUAAUAUGUUCAAAUGCAAUGCAAUAUAAUGCCUCAGAUACUGUUUACUUUCGGCAGGCACGGUCUAUUCAAGAUCUGGCAAAAAGAGAUUUUGAUAAUUUGAGGCAUGAAGGGGAGGAUGGUGAGCUGCAACCUAAGGUUGUUCGUAGAGGCCGGCCCCCAAGCAAAAAUCUUAAGAAGUCUGAAGAGAGUUCUCCACCCCCAAGCAAAAACCUAAAAAUGUCUGUUGAGGGUUCACCUAUUGAUUGUAUUGCUCCUGAGCUUUCUUCAGGCGCCACUCUUGCUAGUGGAGAGGAAAAAGUCGGUGGAUCUAAUUCUUACAAUCUAAGAAAGGGACCUAUGCUUUAUAAGUUCCGUUCUGCUGAUAUAUCCUCCACAUAUCGCUCUCGUGGUGAAACUUAUUCUGAAUGGUUGGUUGAUUGGAAUGAGUUUCCAGCUUCCAUUUUGAGGGCUGAUCUGAAGUAUGGAAAGAAACAUUUUUCAGUUGAUGAAAACAGGCGUGACACAUACCAACUAUUCCAUCAGUCAGCUUCUUGUAGUGAGCCAUCUUUGUUGUGGAAUGCUGAUGACCUAAAGCGGUUAAUGGCAGUUGGUGUUCACAUCGAGCAGCAUGCAUACGCUAGAAGCCUUGCCAGAUUUGCUGCAGAUCUUGGGCCAGUAGUCUGGAAAGUAGCUUCUAAGAAGUUAGAAACUGUUUUACCUGCUGAAGUAAAGUUUGGUCCUGGAUGGGUAGGAGAAGGUGGAGGAUCAACAUUAAAGUCAACUUUUUCAUCUCAGAACAAAUCAUCAGAUUGCUUGGCAGCUGAUCACCAUUCUUCUAGAGCCGUUAUACCAUCUCUUCGGGGAGUAGGUUCUGCUGUCAUGUGCAGGCCUAGUGAUGGAAAUGUUGAAGCUGGUAAGACAUUGAACAGCCAAAAUGAUGUAGCAGAGGCUAGUGGUGAUUUUUCCUGUGCAUUUCCUGCAUCUAACUCCCAGGCUAAGCAGAAACCUUCCGGCAACCCAAGAAAUGGUUUCAGUGGUAUGAUUGGGUAUGAUUUGUCUGCGCAAAUGGAGGUAAAAAGGCUGUCCAUGCCUAAAGGGGAACCAAACCUACAAGAGGCUGCCUCAAGGCCUGGUGGUCAAUUGCUUGGAACAGUUCCUAAAAGAGAUGUUUCAUCCUCACAUCAGUCGCCUUCAAACCGUGUCUCCUCUCUGGAAAACAGUUUACGAGAAAGCUGGAGUACAUUGCAUUCUGGGAAUUUAGAGCAGACUUGGAGGGUUUCUGGAGAUUCUCAACCUGCCUCUGUAUCUGCAGGGCAGUAUAGGGUAUCUCUUCCAAAUCCGCCGGACCUGAAUGUCAAAGUCCAAACUUCAAGCUCCCCUAGUUCUAGUUUACGAGUUGGAUCCCCACAGCAGCCAGAUUUAGCAUUGCAGCUCUAACUUAUUUAUUAGCCCUUUCUGCAUCUGAACCAGGUGAAGUAGAUUAUUCAUGUUAACCUAAAUCAUGGUAGGGGCACUAGGAAAAUGGAUGUAUCCAAUUUUUAGAUUGAAACUAGGGAAUUGGUAUGUAACAACAUUUGAGAAUUUGAACCCAUGAUUCAAAUAGAUAGUUGGGUGGGGAAUAUCCGCAGUUGAUACUGCAA